UGCUGAUCAUGAAAUAUAUGCUACUAGAUAUCCGACACGUCCCAGUUCUUAAACACAUCACUUCAACGUAAAUUAUGACCGAAUUGCCAACCCGUCCUAAUCUCACAGAACGCACACGCCGACCAAAGUAAGAUGAGAAUGUGAGCAUGAAUCGGCCCUCAUACAUUCUCGAAUGUCGCCAUAUCCAUCAUCACCGUUUGCAGCAGGGAUCAAUUUGCAGAGCAAGAAGCACCUUGCAGGAGAAUUUUCCACCUUCGUCACCCUCAUCUCUUCAGCGCAGGUGGAGUUGCAGACAAUGGCGACUUAUCGGUCGAUGUCGGGUUUCCUGGUGAAACUGAUGCUUAUCAUGUCCGUGACAGCAUUCUGCUUACCUUCAGUCUUCGCAGCUCGAACUCUUCUCGACCGUCCUAAUCUUCCUUCUAUCCCUCCUUUCCAAGUCCCUGAAUUUCCAAACCUUCCUCCUCUCCCUACGUUUCCCCCUCUCUCUGAUCUUCUUCCCCAUCUCCCAGCUCGUCCUGCCCCAAUGUCAGACUCAGCUCAGCCAUCUCCUGCUCCUCAUUCCAAUAUUCCACCACCAUCUCCAGUCUCUGAAUCGGCUCCCAUUCCUGAUCAUGCAGUUUCGAAAUCACCAUCUCCAGCUCCUGCAACACAGUCUGAAUAGGACUGGCGCCCUUUAAAUUCUGAACGAGCUGGUCGGCUGUGGACAACAUCUGCCACACUGGCACAUGUUCCUUAAAUUGACGACGACUCGAGAGGUGCAACUCCGCGUCUCGAUCACUUGAGGAUAUCAGGCACCAAUUCCGACUAUUGGGAAUUGAUGCCAGGAUUACAAAUAUAAUUUCGGCGUGGAAUGGAUAAUUUAGGACGUACUAGAUUCCUCAAUUCGGUACAUGUUCAUGAUCAUAGCUUUUGUACCUCAGGAUGAAAUAAUUUAUAUCAUAGAGAAGCGAUUGAACUGCGGUAGAAUCUUUCGAUCAUUCAAUAAACACCUCAGAGUGCGUCAAAUUAUCUAUUAGCUUUUCAUCUUCCGGCCACUGUCCAAUUCCAUGUUGUGGUUGAAUUCUUGGAUUUCUU